AUGGCGAUACCAAGUCUGGAACGUCUAGCUCAUGACCUGAAACCCGUGCACCUGCACUCUCAGAUGGUAUUCCUGCUGGACGUCGAUUUCAUCGGUUCCUUGGAAAUAUCUGCGCCUGUGGGCGGGAGCCUGAGAUCCACUGACCAGUGGCUGACCAACGCAGGAACAAAAUCCAAGCACCCCAUGACUUCUGUUCAGGAUUUGAAUGGCUGUCUUCAUUGGUGCAGAAGCAACCUGGAGCACCUUACAACGCACUUGACUCAGUCUCAAAAUGUCUCAAAAGGUGGCUCCAAGAUACUUCAUUUCGAAGCAAAAGAGACGCACGUCUUCCAGGACCUGCCAGAGGUCAGCUCCAGCUCACAAGGUGCAAUGCUCCGCUUCUUGGAAACCUCCUUCCUCAAGGGCAUCCGCUACGGCUUCCAGGCUCCGAUUUACGUGCCUGACGUGGGCCCAGUCACCAGCUUGUCGGCGUUUUACAUCAGCCUGUUGGUUGCAGAUCCACUCGGCCCUGCGAUCCCGGAAGGCAUCAGCUCGGUAGUUUUUGCCGAUCCCGUCAGGGCAAUCGUGGAUUCGAUGGCAAGGUCCUCCAACAAGUUGCCUGGAACGACCGCCGAGCUGAUGCUGAAGCUUCGCAUCGCCACGCGGGUGGAGUUGCCUUCGUUGCUGGAGAUCACCAUGCCUCCUGGAUACUCGCCUCUUCCAGGUGGGCAGUGCGGCAAGAGGCCAUGGCCUGGCCAACUGGCGUUCAGUGAGACAAGCCCGGUGGGCUUGUCGACCUGCAGCUUCCAGCGCGAUGUUGCAGCCAUCACUUACAAGAACAAGCAGUACGACGUCUUCCGCCUCCGCAUCACUCCGAUGGACUCGUACCCCUUGAUGCCUGGGCUCGUGCAAUUCCGUGUUGAUAUCAUCAAUCCUCCUGCAGAGCUGUCGUCCUUCUACCUUGAGAACGAGCCAGCACCGGGGGAUCGAAUCUGCGGCCCGGCAUGCUGGAGCUUCCAGACUCAGACGUCAGCAGGAAACAUGAUCGAUGCACCGCAGACCGUGGCCUCAGAGCCUCCACCCUUCGAGAUGGCUCUGGGACAGAUCAUGCAGAUAUGGCCGCCCGGACGGAAUGAUCGCCCAAACAAGAACAGCAGGCUGAUCUUCCACUUCAGCCUCGGCACCAACGGUCCCUACCGCCCCGGGGACAUGAUGCCUGCCGGCGAGAUUGAGCUUGUUGGACCACCUGGUACGAUAAUUCCAACGCGCUGUUACCAUCUGGUUGAGACUCGGGUUGUGAACCUUUUUGGGAGCGUCUUCAAUGCGACCCAGCUAGGGGUUAACGAGUGGGAUCCCAACUCUCCAGUCACCGGCUGUGAAGGCAAUGGUGAGACGGCUCUGAUCUCGUUGUCGCCUGGCCUUAUUGCAUCCUAUGCAUAUGCGUUCCGCAUUGACAUCGUGAACCCUGGCGUGCAGACGGCUUCCAACUUCUGGACCAUGACACUCCUGGACCAUUUCGCGCAGCCCAUUCCAUCGUUCAAUCUCUGGGCCUUUCCUGAGAUCUCCAUCUCCACCUUCGCUCGAAAUUCCGCUCCCAGCUGCUACUUGGGGGACUGCGUCGGGGCUGGGGCCGGAGUGGCCAUCCCGGUCUCAGUGACCCUCCGGACGCAGAAUGUUGUCUCAACCAGCGGGCAGCUCUACAUCACAGCUCCCCUGGAGUUUGGGUUUGACCCAAUCCCAAAUGCACCCCUUAUUGAAGGAGACAAGCAAACACCCUGCCUGAUUCGAGAGUACGACAACCACAACAUGUCGGCCCUCCCAUACACUUGGCGCAUGGCAGAGCGGGACUGCGUAAUUGUGGAUCGAGGCAAUCCACUUGAUGGGACUGGGACUGGCGAUACCCGUACCGUCCGCAUCAUUGUGCGCUAUCAGUUCAAUCCGGCUGAUCUCAGACCCCCCAAGGCAUUUCGCCCGAACGCCACCUUCAUGCUUUUCUUCUGGAUCCAUCCUCCGAUGACCUUUCGCCCAGCAGAGGCAUGGAUGCUUGAAAGCUUCAGUCCGACCGGGGAGGAGUUAGACAUUGGCAGCGCGAUGGGUUGGGAGGUGAGACGGGUGAUGAACUUGUUCGAGCAUAGCAACACCGGUGGCAUCAACCAGUUUACGCAGACCAUUGCUCCUGCUGUGACGGCUGGCAACAGGCUGAUACCCGAUUUUGUCAUUGACUUCGUCUUGCCGGCCAACGCUUGGCUCCAGGACAAACUGGUUUUAACGGCUCCGAAGAACUUCCAGCUGCAGCUCGGGUUUAUGGACGCCAAUUCGCCGGGCAGCUGCAUCGAACGACGGAUCUUGCUCCCUCUGGUGGUGGCGGACUUGGAGCCGGAGGCGACGCGGCCGGCAUACUGCGGAGCAGAGGUGAUGACCCUUCCGGUCAUGAACUUUGGCCGAGCCUUGCAGAUGCAGCCUCAGGUGUCGCUGGAGCAGGCGGCGGAGGCCUUGGAGGGGGAGCUGGCGAUCGGCCUACAGAGGAUCGACCUUGGGACUGUCCUGCUGCUGGGUCGUGGGGCUCGGCUCGAAGGUCCUGGAGGGCACUGGAAGGCCAAAUGGUCAGAAUGGUGGGGUCAACAGGUACAAGACUUUGUUUCUGCGGAGACAGCGCCCGUGCCGCUUCCACUGAUGAUGUGCCACGAUCCAACGCCGGUUCCGCAAGUGGUCGACGUUGCUGGAGGCAUGAAUGGCACAAAACUCGCGCCCCUCGAAGAGUUCGUCCGCCUGGAGGGGCAUCGAUGGGCUACGUCAUGGACGAAGGGACGUGGGAGCGUGUAUCGGCUCGAUCGGUAUGGCCACCGUGGCGAGGCCCUGCUUCUUCCGAGCUUCUGUCGCGUGGAAGAGCCUGAGCUGUCUGUGUACGUGGAGACCAAUCAUGGACGCCAAGCAACCUCCUGGCUUUGUCCUGGAUUAACAAAGCUAGCGGCUGACGUAGAGCCACAGAAGCUCUCUUUGUCGGAUCUUCUGCAUACCAUACAGUCAUCCCAUUCCCUUCAACUUGUGCUUCCAGCAGCCAAGCUGGGAUUCAAUGAUCCUCCGAGCACUGCGCAGUUUGGUCGAUGUGCGGCAAGAAGAUGUCCAUUCUACAUCAAAGCCUUUGACAUGGGCGCCAGGUUGGAGCUUUCCAUGGUUCCACCGUUGAAAACUCGCACCGGGGAUGCAGAUUCAGUGGACGCACAGGUGCUGAAAGAGCAAUUGGGGGCCCAGCUCUUUUCGGUGUUGAACCAAAAAGCCCUUCUCUGCAUUCGGCGGUCAGGAGGCCCCAUGUUGGAUGCCAGACGCAUCACUGGGGCCUCGCUGCAAGACAUCUGCGCUUAUCUCACCACUGACUGGGUUAGUAGCCUUAUCGCCAUGCCGCAUAGCUGGGCGCGGUUGGAUGCCCAUGCUGAACGUUGCUGCUACUUGGAAUCUGCAUUGGGACCUGUGCCAGGGUCCGGGAGCUUCGUCACAUGGAAAGCAAAGGAACAAUGUGAUGUGUGUGGAUUGCCGUCAGUUGGCUCAGAAGUUUCUCGAGAAGGCGCCAAUCUCGCUGUAUGCUCCGAGUGUGCAGUCUUCGUACCCGGAUCGCAAGCCUUCUCAGCGAAGCAGGCACUGGCUCAACACACAUCCCUCCCAGAGCACAAGUUGAUUGGCUCCUUUGACUCGGGCUUAGAUGAUACGCUUGGAUCCACAGAGCCUGAAGAUCCUGCAUUCUCGGGGAACUACAUGUGGCCAGAAGGCACUGUUGCCAAUGAUGCUGUCGUGCUGGUGGUGGGUGGCAUGCUGUCCUUAAGACCGCCGAAGAAGGGCUGGCCAGUAAGUCUAGAGACGGAGCUUCACAAACAGUUGCAGCUCUUGAUUGGCUGCCGCUCCAGAUCCUUGAAAAUCCUGGGCACAGCUGCUGAGGCUGAAAGUCCGAAUAUUCUGGUGAACUUUGUGCUGUUGCAUCCUGCACUCUUCUUUGCGGGUAAGCAUGAGGCGAAGGAGGCAGAGGAGGUGGAGGAGGUGGAUCCCAUCAUGCCGCUAGCAUGGUACCAGAAUCUUCAGAAAGAGCUGCGGAAGAUGGCCGAAACCCAGCAAGAGCGGAAGACUUGGACAAAAGGAGAACAAGACACCGCCGCUCCGCUGCUUCUUGUCAGUGACCUCAAGCGUGUGAUCUUGCCAUGCAGCCUUUUCCUGAUGAGGAGCCAUCAUGAAUUCGCGGCUUGUGAAAUUUACGAGAGACCCGCAAGCAAACAGCUCUUCAUGAUGCAUGAUGAAGUCAAUGCGCUGCUGAACCAUGUCCGAGAUCGCGACUUGAAGUCGCCUGCAGGGCCUGCAGCCCCAUUUCGGCCGGACUUCAGGCCGAGUGAGAAGAAGGAGAGUGCAAGGCGGCGCAGCUCUGCAAGGGAACGCCGGGCCACCGUGGUGGAGCUUUUGCACCCCGACUUAGCGGAUCUACAGCCUGACUUGAAUCGGAGGCGCAUGACCGAACUGGUGAGGCCGACUGCCUACGAAGCGGCAGAAUUAGCAAAGUUGGAGCCUCGAGAAGGCUCAAAGGAGCAGCGCAGUCAGGAGCCUCAAAAUUCCUCCACCUCUUCGUGGGAGACCUCACAAAAUUCUCAACGUGAACCGGCUCGACUGCAGACCGAGGAGUCUCAGUUGGAUGCGUUGGAUGAUGACCCAGACGGGGAAGGUACUGCUUUCGUGUCUCCGGCGGGCGCUCGUGAGGCUCGUGAUGGCGAUCCGCCUAUGUCUGAGACGCCGGAGGCCGCGGCGGUGGUGGCAGUUGGAGAAACGCCUCAAGGUGCAAAAGCUGUCUCAGAUGAAGAAUGGCAGAUCCCGAUGAAGCGGGUGCCACGGCAGGAGGACGUCUUAGCAGAGGAUGGUGAGGGUGGUGACGAAUCGGCUGGAGCAGCGGAGGCCGAUCCAGACUCGGCUCCGAGCAAGACGCCUAAAGACCCUGAAGGACCCUUAGGCGAUUACGAAGUGGCAGAAGGGGAAGGGGAGGGCAGCCCGCAGGCCCAUCGUUGUUCACAGGCCCAGACAGAGGCAGUCGUGGCCGCUGUGCUGGAGUUUCGGCCGUCUCUGGAGCAGUUGGCGGUCCGUCUGCGGGGGCUUGUCGAGCGAUUCUCUGAAAAUCAGACCAGUCAAGUGGAGCAAGUCGAAACACUGCUUCAGCGAUGGGGCCGAUGGGGAUCGGACCGGCCAGGCACAGAAGGCACAGAGCCGAGCAAGGCUUGCUUAGCCAUCCUCUCCCGUAAUCUGCAUUCCGAAGGAUCUAGUCCCAGUGCCCUGGACAUGUCUAUUCAAGACUGCAACUACCCGGUCACGAACAUGCUCCUCAGACAUGUGCCUGACCAUCUCGAUGCAACUCUCAUUGCAGUGCUCAAUGGACAUAACCCCCUUACGGGUCAGAGCCUCUUGUAUGCCGCUGUGAAAUACUCCAACCGAUACACUGGGGGUGUUGUGGACGAGCUCCUCAAAAGGCGUGCUGAUAUCAACGGACCCGGCAGCGCGCCGCUCAGCAUCUCACCGCUUUCGCCUCGGGCCAGUCAAGGGGAGAGAAGAGAGCCGCCAGUCGUCUCUUGUGUGCGCCGUGCCGAUCUGGCCCUCAUCAAGCGAGUGCUUUGGCACCAAGCCGAUGUCAAUGCAAAAGCAGCCGACGGUAAGACGCUCUUACAGAUUGCAGUUGAACGGGGUUGUGAAGACAUCCUCGCAGUUCUUCUAAGUGCCCCUGGCUGCGACGUGAAUGGCACCAAUGCCUACGGACGAACUGCUCUGGUGUCUGCUCUGCGCACAUGCCGUCCACCGUUCAUGCUGGCCCAACAGCUCCUGGCGGCGCAGUGUGAUGCUUCUCAGCCAGAUGUUGCCGGGGUCCAACCACUCCUGCACACGGCCAGCAUUCCAGAACCCGGAAUUCAUGCGCUGCUUCUGUCGUGCCGGGCCGAUCCGGAUGCGGUUGCGACCCCUGACACUGAUGCGCAGGCACGCCUCUUGCAUGUGGCAGCACGGGCAAGCAAUGAGACGUUGCUGAAGUGCUUGCUAGAUGCCACCGCGGAGCCAAAUGCGACCGAAAGCUUUGGCAGGACAGUCCUGCACUUGGCAAUUUCCCAAAACCUCUCCAAGGAAACGAUUCUUGCUAUACUGCAUGCGCGCGGGGAUCCGAACAUAACGACAUGGCAAAGUGCUGGUGGCGAGACUCCCCUGCGCUUGGCUAUCUUGGCCCAGUCUCCUGCUGUGGAGCUGUUGCUUGAGGCCCAAGCCAAUCCCAAUGGCCGCAACCUUGCUGGCUGCAGUGCGCUGCGGGCGGCCCUCUGUGGCCCGGACAGCCAGAAAACUUGUGAGCUCUUGCUGGCUUGGCAUGCAGAUCCUCAGCUUCAACGCACCCUUCUGACAUCGCAGGAACAGUCUCGCAUAAGCUCCCCAAGCCACACUGUGCUGACAAUGCCCUCCGUAGCCAUUCAGCCAAAGGGAGCAGACCGUACGCAGCUUCCCAAAUACAUGGCCGAAACCUGGUCAAAGGCCAAGUUUCGUCCUCGGCAAGUAGUCAGACAAGCCGAGCAGAUCGAGGAGUUUGAUCCGCUCUGUCCUCUGACUCUUCCACCUCUAGAGUCUCUAGAGAAGAAGUUCAACCGCACCCUCAAUGCGCGGCGAAAGAUGCUGCCAUGGAGGUUGCAUUUGCGGAACCCACAGUCGCCUCCCCCUGAAGAGUACAACUACUGGAAGUUGGAGCACUACGCCGGAAGUGGGUCCAAAGAGUUGCAGACCUCUGCCAUUGCCCGAUCUUGGGACGUCCUGAGCUCGGAGUUGCUGCGGCCGUAUCGGCUUGGCAAGUGUAGUGUGGGUUAG